AAAGCUCUCUUGGGAGAACAAACAGGACACAGCGUAGAAGUCAAGAAGAAAUCUAUGAUCACAGCUACAUUACGAGAUACAAGAUUCUCUGGCAGACAUGUUUGCCUUUGAUCCUGUCUCGGUACUUCUCUCAGUAGUUGUAGUCCUAUUUUUGCUAAAUGCUUUUUUGGAUCGGAAAGGAAAAGUGUACAAAAAUUUUCCCCCUGGACCACGAACUUUGCCAAUAAUUGGAAAUAUACACAAUAUGCUUAUGAGGAGACAGAAGCCACAUUUAACAUUUCAAGAGCUUGCAGAGGAGUAUGGACCUGUAUACAGCAUGCAGAUGGGACCUGAGAAAAUAGUUGUGCUAUGUGGUUAUGAGGCAGUGAAAGAUGCUCUUGUAAAUUAUGCUGAGGAGUUUUCAGAGAGACCCGUUAUACCAAUGAUGGAAAAAGUAACUAAAGGUCAUGGUCUGAUUUUUUCACAUGGGGAAAACUGGAAAGUUAUGAGAAGAUUUGCCCUUUCAACAUUACGAGAUUUUGGCAUGGGAAAGAAAUCAAUAGAAAAUAAGAUUAAUGAAGAAAGUAAUUCAUUAGUCGAGGUCUUUGAAUCCUAUAAAGGAAAGCCAUUUGACAACCUAAUGAUAAUGAAUGCUGCUGUAGCAAAUAUAAUUGUGUCCAUACUUCUUGGUAAUCGCUUUGAGUAUAAUAGCCCCACUUUAUUAAAACUAAUGAAGCUAAUUAAUGAAAAUAUAAGGCUUUUAUCUAGUCCUCUGGCUUUGCUAUAUAAUGCAUAUCCAUCUUUGAUGAGUUGGAUACCUGGAAGUCACCAAACUAUUUUUAAAAAUGCCAUGGAAACGCGAAAUUUUUUUCAAGAUAUAUUUGUCAAAUACAAAGAGGAAUUUGACAUGAAUGACCAAAGGAAUCUAAUUGAUGCAUUUCUUCUCAAGCAGAAAGAGGAAAAACCCAGUCCUCAAAUGUUUUUCCACAACGACAAUUUAUUAAGUCUUGUGAACACUUUGUUUGGAGCAGGAAUGGAAACUACAUCUACAACUCUUAGAUGGGGAAUACUAUUAAUGAUGAAAUAUCCAGAGAUUCAAAAAAACGUCCAAAAUGAAAUAGACAGAGUGAUAGGAUCUGCUCAGCCUCUCAUAGAACACAGAAAGUUAAUGCCGUAUACUGAUGCUGUUAUACACGAAAUGCAAAGAUAUGGUAAUAUUGCUCCGACUGCCGUUCCCCAUUCCACCACUCGAGAUGUUACAUUUAGAGGAUAUUUUCUUCCCAAGGGGACUCAUGUCAUUCCAGUUCUGUCAUCUGUACUUCAGGAUAAGGCUUAUUUUGCAAAGCCACUUGAGUUUUAUCCUCAGCAUUUUCUGGAUUCCAAAGGAAAUUUUGUGAAAAAUGACGCAUUCUUGCCUUUUUCAGCUGGUCGAAGAAGUUGUGCUGGUGAGACAUUGGCAAAAAUGGAAUUGUUCAUGUUUUUUACAAGGCUUAUGCAGAAGUUCACAUUCCAGCCUCCACCUGGAGUAGAAGUUGACCUCACCCCUAAUAGUGGAAUCACCAUAAGUCCUUUAUUUCAUGAAAUCUGUGCUAUCCCCCGAAACUAAAGCUUGUAUCAGCAAAAUAAGAACAAUUCUUCUCAAUAGCAUAUGGAUAACUGUAAAUAAAUUGACU